AUGACGCUGGAGUUCGGAUGCAAAGACAUUCGCGACCAAGUUUUUGCACUGGUGGGGAUGGCGUCCGAUGCAGAAAAGUUUGACAUCAUCGACUACAGCGAGCGGAUCGAGACGGUCUGCCAACGGCUUGCGUACGCUUCCGUGUCGGAUAGCGCGAGCCUCAAGCGGCUGUGGUUUCUCCUCUACCUCACGCCCCUGGACCGCCGUGUGCAUUCCUGGGUGCCCAACCUCGAGAGCCUGUUGGUGGGCCGAGAGGGCGUCACCUUGUCCAUGCAGUUUACACUGUUCGAGCGUGGACAGCACAGCGCAUCCGGGCACUCGGCCCUGGACACGAGGCUGGACAAAGACAGGAAUACCCUGGCGAUCCGGGGUCGCAUCGUCGACAAGCUGCAGCGGCUUGGAUCGAGCAGUCGAGGCCUCGAGAGCGCCCGUCAAAUCGAGAAAAUGAUGUUGCCAGGGCAUGACGACGACCUGCAAGACGCAGCUAGACAGACUUUCCAGUGGAUGGAGGAAUGCAUAGACAUUGCCCAGUCCCCAGGAAGGGGGAGGACCAAGGCCGAGGAAGCUUUCCGAGAGGCACUGCUCCACGACCCCCCAAUCCAGGAGAAGGCACUCUCGAUGGCAGGAGUGCUGGACCAGGAAUUCCCUGAGCAGCUGCGUCUACGGAAAAUUGCAGCAUAUGAUAACAUGGACCGCGCGCUGGCUGCCUGUAUCGCGCUGUCGGGCCUGCAAUCCACGCGCCUCAUAAGGUAUCUCAUGAGCGACAGGGUGAACAGACGGUUCGGCCGCACGGAGAAAGACAAGAUAGGAUGGCUGCCGCCGGUGGCCGAGGAGGGCGAUUUGAUCUGUAUCUUACACGGCAUGACGCUGCCCUACGCCAUCCGUCCGGCUGGCGAUGGCUACCAACUUGUUGGCGAAUGCAUCGUUAUGGGGCUCAUGAGGGGCGAAGGCAUGGAUUUGCCGAAUGCGGAGUCGGAAAUGAUCGUCCUUAGGUAG